GUCAGGAAGAUUCCGUUUUCCUGCGGUCAGUUUGGGACUGAAAAAACAGCGCAUUGUCUCACACAUUGGGUUAUAGAGAAAACACUGCAACUAACUUUAGAAACGCUAGACCAAGAAUAUAUCGCAAUUAAAUUGGAAUUGGACUGUUUUUAAGACAUGGGCAACAGAGAUGAUGAAUACGAUUUCUUGUUCAAAGUGGUGCUAAUUGGUGACUCUGGUGUGGGGAAGAGUAACCUGCUGUCCCGUUUCACACGGAAUGAGUUCAACCUGGAGAGCAAAAGCACCAUCGGUGUGGAGUUUGCCACCCGCAGCAUCCAGGUGGAUGGCAAGACAAUAAAGGCCCAGAUCUGGGAUACAGCUGGACAGGAGCGUUACAGAGCCAUCACUUCAGCGUACUACCGGGGGGCAGUGGGGGCUCUCCUAGUGUAUGACAUCGCCAAGCAUCUCACCUAUGAAAAUGUGGAGCGCUGGCUGAAGGAGCUCCGGGAUCAUGCUGAUAACAACAUCGUUAUCAUGCUGGUGGGCAACAAGAGUGACCUGCGCCACCUCAGGGCAGUGCCCACAGACGAGGCUCGUGCCUUUGCAGAGAAGAAUACGCUAUCAUUUAUUGAAACAUCAGCUUUGGAUUCCACUAAUGUGGAAGAGGCAUUCAAGAACAUCCUCACAGAAAUCCACCGAAUCGUAUCACAAAAGCAGAUAGCUGACAGAUCAGCACAUGACGAGUCUCCAGGCAACAAUGUAGUGGACAUCAGUGUCCCCCCCACCACCGAUGGGCAAAAAAACAAACUACCGUGCUGUCAAAGCCUGUGACCCUUACAACUCCUGUGACCCCCUUCACCCAACCCCACUCCACUUCCACCAUCACUCUGUGUUAUCCUGUACCGCCCAUUCUGUCUUUGUUCCCAUAUGUGACGACGCCCUGCGUUCCCCUCCCUGUCUGUAUACAAAACAUCCUUUUUAUUACAUGUGCUCUUCUGCCAUGAAGGGAAACUUUAAAAAGCCUUUCUGUCACUUUGUCAGUCAUUCAUGGAGUCAAUAUUGAGGUUCCUGCAUUGUAGGAACAGGGCAGUUUUAUUUUAAAUGAAUUGAGCUAUACAGGUGUAGGAUCUUAAUUUGACUUAUAUUGUCAUAGCAAAAUAAUGUUUAGUCUAUAAUCUGGUCUGAAGUAGGCUACAUGAAAAGUGCAAUACUGUUAAUACAACCGUGUGUUAGUGUGGGUUUUCAGUGAAUUUAUGUAAAUCACAAAGUUCAUCUGCAUUUCCUGCGGUGCAGGAAAAUUCUCAGCAACAAAAGAGUGAUCAAAUUAAGAUCAUACACCUGUACUUGAAGUGCUAUAGAGCAGGGUUUCCCAAACUCGGUCCUGAGGUCCCCCCUGGGUGCACGUUGACUUUUUUGCCCUAGGACGACACAGCUGAUUGAAAUAACUAACUCAUCAUCAAGCUUUUGGCAAAACCAAAACGUGCACCCAGGGGAGGGGGGGCACCAUGACUGAGUUUGGGAAACCCUGCUAUAGUGUGCUAGACUAGUAUAUUUGAACAAUGACCAAUAGAUGGUGCUGUGUAUAUAGCCACUCACAGUUGCAUAUGAAUAAGGCACUAUUAUGACAUUGGUAUAUGUAUACAUUUGUCUUUUAAGUGGCUCUUACUUUUCAUCCAGGCAGUUAUCAUGCCCAGAAUUAACCUUAUUGUGUAUUUAUUCAAAUAUAUUUGGCUCACCUUUUCAUUGUUUUAUUUUCCAUAAGCACUGUAAGACUUUUCAAUAAACUCCUUUAAACACAGUAA